AUGUCGUUUCUCUCACAUGAAGGCACACCUCCAAUGUUCCUUGCCGGAGACGAGAGCGUGAUCGAGGUUGGUGUUGAUCACCACGUCCUUACGAAGCUGCCAGUCGUCGCGCGGCUUGCAGAGAUUCUUGCCGGAUCUGAAGUCGCUGAAGUCAAGCGGGGGCAUAUGUACGCUCAGAGGCAUCGGUUUCUGGAUGAGAAUGCGAAAAUUAAAUACUGGGAUGAGACGGCCCCUCCCAUCGAUCCGACGUUUAACGUCUCAAAGGGGUGGUUUUCUCCAUACUACCUGCAUGCCACAAACCCAACUCCGUACAUCAGCCAUAUCUGCCUCACUCAACCCUUCAUCAUUGCCACGGAAGGACCACUUCUGUGGCAUGACGGCAACCAUUGCUCUUACUGCGAAUCCCUUUCUAUCGUAAAUCCCCUCUGUUUGGACGAAACAUUGCCUUCCAGGUUGGUCUCGUCGAAAUGUCUCCAUGGGUAA